UUGUCUGUCUAUCCUCUAUUUUUUUAAGGUGUUAGAGCCUUCGUGCAACCUACAAACUAACAAAAAUUAACAAAAAGGAGACUUCUAACAAAUUAGUUCCUUGGCUAUUAUGUUAUAAGCUCAAAGAAAGCCGUCUUCUGAGCUAAAACCAAGUACAUCAAAAUGUUUCCACCUUACUACCUUUUUACAGAUGACGAUUCCUUUAGAAAAUGAUUAAAUUAUAAAAUACUAAUUUAAACGACUGCGGUCUGGUGCUGCCCUCUCGGGGCUAAAUUAUCAGUUACAUUCAUAUGUGUAUUAGCAAGACGCCGGAUGUUUUGAUCUCGAAAUGAAGUUUGUUGGAACACGUGUGUACUGAUAUUUGUUAACGAGAUGUCGGAUGGCAAAGCAACUAUUUCAAUCAUUUGUAUAUUUUAUUAAUUUUAUUUAAGCAUAUAUCUUCUUCUUUAGACCUUUUUUAUUCGUUGGAGAAAGCUUUUGUGUUAAAAUGUGGACUGAGUUAAACGUUUAUUUUAGUAACAUUGUAAGAACUCUCAUUUGUCUUUUCUUUGUUAGCGUUUUUAUAGUAUAUCAGAGAAUACACAAGAAAAAAAAUGUGACACCUGUGAGAAGGUCAGCUGCCAAACUAUUGAUAGUUUUAGGUUCAGGAGGGCAUACAUUUGAAAUGUUGCGCCUCAUCAGCAACUUAGAUGGAAAAUUUAGGCCCAGGAUAUAUGUGUUAGCAGAUACUGAUAUACUCAGUGAACAAAAGGCUCAAGCAUUCGAAGCUAUUAAAACAACUAAUAAAUCUGAAGAACUAUAUACCAUAGAAAAAAUACCCCGCAGCAGGGAAGUCAAUCAGUCAUGGCUAUCCACAAUUUUUACCACUUUAAUCUCAUGCUUCCAUUCAUUUUUGCUAGUCCUCAAACAUAAACCUGAAGCUAUCCUGUGCAAUGGACCAGGUACAUGUGUUCCUUUAUGCAUAUCAGCAUUUUUCCUUCAUGUUCUAGGUUGGAAGCACAUUAAAAUGAUAUAUGUUGAAAGCAUCUGUCGAGUUAAUACAAUGUCUUUGACAGGCAAAAUACUCUACAAUAUAGCAGAUCAUUUUCUUGUACAAUGGCCUGGGCUAAGAGAAAAAUAUCCUCGUGCUAAAUAUCUUGGGAAAUUAAUCUAAUUAUUUUAAUCGUUAUUUAUUGUUUAUUAUUGUACAGAUGAUAUAUCUUAUUGUGGAAAACGUGAACAUAAUUUUUCAUAUGGGUAUGAUAUAUUAAUGUAAUUUAUAAAAUGUGUCUUUAAAUUUCUGUCUUGAAUGAUUACUCCAAUAGUAUAAUAAAAAAGGAAAUUUAUUCUGCAAAUUUAAAUGCAACAUAAACUAGAUAUAUUUUUGGAUAACUCAAUUAUGAUUAAAGAUAUUUCUAAUAAUAUCCAGAAAUAAACGUAAAUAGCUUAACAAUUAUCAAGGAAAUUAGAAAUUCUGAAAUCAAAAAGGCUUGUAAAUAUUUGUUUCUUUGUUGAAUAAGAAUUAGAAAAACCCAAGUCUUAUUUCCAAUCCAUAUGUUAUAGCCAGUCUAAACAAUAAUAGUCUUAGCUUUUCUUAAAUAAGUUUGUGUUAUCUAAAAUGUUUUUUAAAAAAUCCAUUUUAUUGAAGAUUCUUUUCUAUGCUAUAGCAUAAUUUACUAAGCAAAAGCAAGCAUUUAUUUUUGUUUUGUUUGCACAUUUUAUAAAAGGGAAAGCUGCUCUCUAAAAUGAACAAUAUUUGUAAAUAUUAUGAAACAUUUUUCUGAUUAUAUAAAACUAAUUUAAUUUAUAAAUGGCUUCUUGGAAUAAAUUAUUUUAAAUGAACUUUAUUGAAAUAAAUAAUAAAAUAGAACAUUUAAAACCCUCAGAAAUGGUAAAGAUUUUAGUAUUAAGAGAAUAAUUUUUUAUGAUUUUCUAUUUUGGUAUUUGACCAAAACUUUAUAAAAAGUAGCUAGAUUGAUAUUCAUGAAUGAGAAACUUAUUGAGUGCCUUUUUAAUAUGGGUAUUAUUGCAGGGACCUUUUUAGAUACUGAUUCUAAUAAAUUUGAAAUUUUGGCAUGUGAAGAUGGAUGUUAUGAUUUUUUUUUCCAUUAAAAAAAAAAAAAAAAAAAAAAAAAAAAAACCCUCCAGAAUUUUUUUCUUUUGCUUUGAAAAACAGAAAAUUUCUUGAAAACAUCUACAACAAGCAAAGGUUGCUUUUGUUGACAUAUUCUCUUCAAAUAAUUCUUCUGAAUAUUAAAAUUAGGGUUACAGCAAUUUCUAGAAAUGUUAUGAAUAGUUUAGAAACAAACUUUUGCAUUUUCCUAAUUAAAAUGCUGUGAAAAUAACUAUUUAUAUGUCAUUGUUAUUUUUAUAUUAAAUUAGUUAAAUUCAAUUGUUAUUUUGAAGAAUAAUUUUUCUCAUCAUUUAAUGUUGUCAAAAUAGCCAUGGACAAAGAUGAUCACAUUGAAUAGUACCUACUGUAAUAUACUGACUGUCAACAUUGAGAUAAUUCAUGAUAAGCCUAAUAAUUCCUACAUAUUUUGAUUAACACAGUCAUCACAGUAAUGAUGCACCGUCAUCCUACUUCCCCCCCCUGCACUAAGAAUUCCCCUCUAGCCCUAAAGUAAAAACAAAAUGCGAAUUCCUUUAAAAUAUUUUUAUAUCUAUCGCUUCCUACAGCAAUAACAUAUAAUAAUCCCUGUAACGAUGUUAAAAUAUUAAAAAUAAUAAAAUAAAAAUCAUGAAUUUUAUGCAAGUUCAGAAUAUAUCUGAACCUAUUCCUAUUAGCAUCUUGAUUAUUGCCAAAACUUUAGUGAGAGUUCAGAUCAAUCUCUUGACAUUGUCACUAAAAAUCAGUAUUGCUAACAAUGAAUCACUUGACCAAUAAUCUUCAAGACAAGAUUUCAUGAUAAGUCCCAUUGCAAAAAUAAGUCCUAAAAAUUUCUCUAUUUCUACUACAUCAUUUGGUUUUCAAUGAUGUACACAACAUUUUAAUUUUCUGUUGAUUCAUGAAUACAUUACUCCGUGUACCUGUUGGUUUCUGAUACAAUCAUUUGCAUAAUUAUUGUAGUGACAAAUAAAGAAAAAAAUUCUAUGUUAUGAGAAGGCUAUGAGGUCUGCGCAUUCUGAAUGCAUAGUGCCAAAGCCACCCUGAGAAAUAAUAUCAUUAGCCUCUCCCUAUUUAUUAACUUUAUGCCAUUCAUAUGAUAUUGAAGCUAUCUGGGAAUCAACAGUUUCACUUUCACUACUUUCGGAAAUACUUUAACUCUUUCAGCAUCAGUAUUUAAGCCUUAGGCAUACUGAACUGACUCCAUAUUUGUUUCAUCUUCUUCUGCAACUUCUUGGAUGUCAUGAAUUUCAUUUUUGAUGCUUGAAUUGGAAACACAGUCAGUAAAUUUGCAACUGCUUUCCCUGCCCGAGUUUGUGUUGUCAGUAAGCUCUUCAUCAGAUAAACUGAGGUAUUUUAUUAUCUUUUCAAUUGAAAAAAGCUUUCAUUUAACCAGUUUUCUUUCCAAAAACAUAAAAAGUAUAUGAAACAUAUGACAGACCUGACAAGUGGCAUGGAUAUGAAAAUUGCCUCAAAGUACUAGGAAUUGUGCAAUUAAUCCCAAUCAUGUAAAAACAUAAUAAUAUAAAGUGGAAUAUGCUGGAAAUGUAAUAAGUCACUAGACAUGCUACAACAAUGCAGAAAAGCAUUUUAUAGGGGACAAGUUAUCUCGCCCUAGUGCACAGCGAAUAAUUUUGGGAGGCUGAGAAUAUUUCGUCCAUUGCAGCAAAAGUGUUAAUAGGUAUUGAGUUCACACACGAAAUAAAAGUUAUGUUUGUUGUGCCUUCUAAACUGUGAUAUUUAAAUUCUUGUUUUUAAAUAAAAAGUGAAUUUUAAAUAA